AACAACAAUAAUAAUAUACAUAAUUGUCAUCUAUUGAAACGUUUAUUGAUUUCUAAUCAACGCCACCAUCAUCAGAAAAUUCCGCUGUUGUUUCUUUUUUUCUUUCCUCACUGGAUCCCAUCCGUUUUUUUCUUUAAUUUCGCCUGAUCAUGUAUCCAAUUGGCUAUGUGCACAACCACCUAUAAAUUAAGAAAAUUUGUAAUCCGGAAAGAGAAUUAUAAAAAUCUAAACACUGUACACAACAACAAUAAAUUAUUCAACAAGUCAUAAGGAGCUACAAACUUGAAUGCAGAAUAUAAAAAGUAUUGACUUGCAUUUCUAGUAUGAGAGAAAAACACCAUUCUCCUAGAAAAAUGCUUCCCAGCCCCAAACAAGGGUCAGUGUACCCGAUUUUAGGCUCAGUGCCCUACAAUUUAAACUCAAAUGUACCUUAUGAUUUGACAUCGCCUUCAAGAGCCUCUACCACCGCAUUGACAUCGGCCCUGACGGCCUUGUAUCAAACACAGAAAGAACUAAAACACAAGGAACGAAGGCGUGGCACUGUAGAUCAACCGUUAGACUUACGAUUAGCCCAUAAGAAACAGGAUGGUGCAAUUGGUGCAGCUAGUGUAGAGGAAGAUGAUCAAAAUUCUACCACAGAAAUGAUGGAAGAUGAAAAUAGUAAUUUAGUUAUGAUAGCUUCAUCCCACAAACAAUCGUCGGCGGCUUUGGAAAAAUCUUGUCAAAGUUCGGAAUGUAAUAACAAUAAUAUUAUGAACAAUCAUUCGUUACGUAUACAAACCGAACAUCAAGAAAAGUUAGAGGGCAACCUUUUAAAUGAAAUGAAUAAUAAUGAUACCAGCUUAUUGCAACAGAAUCAGAAUCAUACGGUGCGUAAUCAGUUCGAUAAUUUGAAUAGUAAGAAAAUAUUAAGAGUAUUGAGGGACCAGGCUAAAUCGUUACCCAACAAUUUGGAACAAUUGCCUUUUCCCGUUACAGCUUUACAUCCCACUCUUCUGGAGACGAUAGCCAAAGCAAUGCCACCCCUACCAUAUAGAAAUCUCUUCUUUAUGCCGCGGCCAAACCAACCGGGGAAUACGUCCAAUUUUUCCUUCUUUAAUACACCUCUUGGUAAAGACACGAAAAAAAGUUCCAGCACAGUCUCAGCGACUACAACCACACCUCCUAUAGCUACUACAGAUGCUUCUACGCUUAAUGACAUUAAUUUUGAGGCAACACAACAAACACGCUGUUCUUUAACAGAAAAUCUUACCAACUCCCUGCUAAUCAAUCAAAAUAGUCCAACAGCGCCUGCUACAACUCCUAACCAAGCAACAUAUCGUCAUAAACGAACCACUACUACUACUACUACUGUCAACUCUCGUACAAACACUCAAGUCUCGGGUAACCUUUCGUACAAAUCUAAAGAUCGCUACACCUGCAAAUUUUGUGGCAAAGUAUUUCCUCGCUCUGCAAAUCUAACGCGUCACUUGAGAACCCACACGGGUGAACAGCCGUACAAAUGUAAAUACUGUGAACGUUCCUUUAGUAUAUCAUCGAACCUGCAACGACAUGUCCGAAAUAUUCACAACAAAGAGAGGCCUUUUAAGUGUGAAAUAUGUGAAAGAUGUUUUGGCCAGCAAACUAAUUUGGAUAGACAUUUGAAAAAGCACGAAGCCGAUGCUGCCUCUAUGGGUCUGGGACUAAACGAGCGAUUAAGGGGCGGUUUACGACGCUUUUGUGAAAAUCCUGCCGAAGAAUCUUAUUUCGAGGAAAUACGCUCCUUUAUGGGCAAAGUAACACAAUUGCCACUAAAUGCCACCACCGCUAGUUCAGCUAAACAUGCCAUUGCCGGUCCCGAAAGCUCCACAACACCACAUUCCGAACCUCAAUCACCUGGUCGAAGUUCUUCAUACGCACCUUCCGAUCCCGACUCGGCAGCCAGUGGCUUGAGAAUUAUAACACAUGAUGAUCAAAGCAAUCACAGUAAUCAAUCCAACGAACAGCAUAACUACCCACAAAGACAACCGCAACAUCCUGGUCAAGGCGAUAAAUUAUCGCUAUCAAACUCUUCCUCACCAUCUUCCACCGAUGACAAUGAGGCCUCUACUCCUACAACAGCAACUAAACUAACAACAUAUGAAUCGUCGUCUACCAGAGGGUGCCCCACAACAACCUAACACUUAUAAUAAUAUCUACUAUUUGUAUAUGUAUUUACUAGUAAUUUAUGUACAGUUUAAUGCACUUUUAACAUUCUUUUAAAGAUUCUAAAGAAUCUGAUUUUAUCGGUGCAUUUUUUAUAACGUAAAAAUUUCUUCCUAUUGUAUAUUAAAGUAAAAAUGUUUAUACUCAAUUCUGAAAUCAACUUAAGUACUUUUUAUGUAUAAAUAUUUUAGUUUUAAACUCAAGUCGUAAACAGAAAGAAUCAUUUUAUAAUAAUAACCAAUGUCAGUUAACUACUCCAUAAGAGGGCUUGUGUUCGUGUUCGUUCUUGAAAUUAUAUUGUAUUUGUAAAUAUGUAUUAAAAACACUUCCUUAAACUCUUUUUUUAUUGUCAUAAGAAAAUAGGUAAAAUGU